AACCUCAAUGAGCGAUUUACACAAUUACAUCUGGUAACAUAUUCAGUACUGCGAUACUUGUUUAGUGUGGUUUUAGUCGCGAUAAGUGCGUACAAAUAAAUAUGGCGGACCCGUUGUCUCUUCUUCGGCAGUAUAAUGUCAACAAGAAAGAAAUAAUCGAGCGUGAAAAUGAGAUAAUAUUUGGUGAAUUUUCUUGGCCGAAGAACGUCAAAACUAACUAUCUGACUUACGGGUCAGGAAAAGAAGGAAACGCCAAGGAGUACUACACGCUCGAGUGUUUAUUAUUCCUUUUGAAACAUGUACAACUCACUCAUCCGGUUUACGUGCGUCAAGCAGCAGCGGAAAAUAUUCCGGUGGUGCGACGUCCGGACAGAAAAGAUUUAUUGGCAUAUCUCAAUGGUGAGACGGCGAAUUCAGCAGCCAUAGAUAAGUCAGCGCCGAUCGGUCUGUCGACGCAGGUUAAACGAACAGCUGAAGAUGGUACAGAGAGUGGUUCCUCCAAAAAGCCACGUUUUGAGGAGACUCAUGUGCAAAAAGUGAAGGAACAAUUGGCUGCGAGGCUGGAUGCACCGAAGGAGGCUUCAGUGACGGUGGACAAUAUUAAAUCAUUGUCAGAGGCAAUGUCCGUGGAAAAAAUAGCAGCGAUAAAAGCCAAGCGUUUGGCUAAAAAGCGAACGACCAUUAAGGAAAAUGAUGACAUAGGAAUGGGCUCGGACUUGCGAGUAAUCCUUGAUCUUGAUGUGGACGACACGAAGGACAUUGUUUCGAGGGAAAGGCAAUGGCGAACAAGAGCGACGAUAUUGCAGAGCAGUGGUAAAGUAUUUGCCAAAAAUAUAUUCGCCAUAUUGCAGAGUAUCAAAGCAAGAGAGGAAGGUAGACAAAAAGGACCCUCCGCGCCGACUCCCAUGGUCACACCAAGAUCUACUCCGAUGAGACCUCUGCCACAACCAGCAGUUUACAAUCGUUACGAUCAGGAAAGAUUCAUAAGACAAAAAGAAGAAACGGAAGGUUUCAAGAUCGAUACCAUGGGAACAUACCACGGUAUGACACUGAAAUCCGUGACUGAAGGCACAAAUCCAGCUGUGAGAAAACCGCCCAUCGCGAAUCCAUCGACGACACCUACUUCUGGCUUAUUACCAACGUCUGCUGCUAAAUUAACUCCUCAACAAGCAGCACAGAACAAACGACCAAGCAGGACACCCAUCAUAAUUAUACCAAACGCCAACACGUCUCUCAUUACGAUGUACAACGCCAAGGAUAUACUUCAAGAAUUAAAAUAUGUUUCCAACGAGGAGAAACGGGCCUCGGGAUGUAAGAGGGAAAACGAAAUUUUACUCCAACGAAGAAAAGAUGGUGGUCUCACUGUGCCAUACCGCGUUGUCGACACACCCGCAAAACUGACCAACGCCGAUUGGGAAAGAGUUGUUGCCGUUUUUGUUAUGGGACCCGCAUGGCAAUUCAAGGGAUGGCCUUUCGACGGAAACCCUGUAGAGAUUUUCUCCAAAGUCUCCGCAUUCCACUUGAAAUACGACGAAAUGAAGCUCGACGCGAACGUUGCUCGUUGGGCAGUUACGGUAAUCGAAUUGAGCAGAGAAAAACGUCACUUAGACAGAGCAGCACUGAUGAUGUUCUGGGAACAUCUUGACAAGCACAUGAUCAAGAACAAACCGCACUUGCGUUUUUAAACAAUGACAAAUCAUCGUACACCAUUCAUCAUCUCUCGUAGACACCCUCAUUCGGUAUUUUUCACAAAUUUAAAAUAAAUGAAAAUGUAUAAUGUAAAUAGUUGAAAGGAUAAGACGAAGAGAAAGGGAGAUAAAUGAAAAGAGGACGAAAUAUCACAAUGAAAGUGUAUAUGCAUAUAUACAAAUAUAUGAGAUAUAUCACUCCGA